AUGACUCAUACACUGGAGUAUUCCGCAAAUGUGAGUCCACCAAAAGCAAAACACCUGUUGUCGAGAAUUUGUAAGGAUUGCUUACCGACACGGACUCGCCUAAGAAACCAUUUUGUUCAAUGUCAAGAGGAAUGUCCUCUAUGCUCACAAGUACCGGAGGAGGAGUGGCAUUUGUUAGUGGAAUGUGAAGGUAGUAGGGAAGCAUGGAGUGUCAUGGGGUUGGAACAGAUUCUGACACCAAGGUUGCAAAGCUGUAACAACAUUCAAGAGCUGAUCUUUGAUAUUUGUUGCAGAGAAAGUAAGGAAGUGGCUGGUAAAAUGGCAUUGUUAAUGUGGGUUUUAUGGCAAAAUAGAAACAACUUUGUGUGGCAUGAAACCAGAAUUUCCGCUAGACAAGCAGGUUUGCAAGCAAUGAGCAUGUGGGAGGACUGGAUACAGGUUAAUGGGCAGGUUGUAACAACAAAUAAGGCAGGUCAACAACAGCAUGUUGCUCACGUUAAUGAGCAACAGCAGCCCCCAAGAUAUAGCUACUUGAAAUGCAACGUAGACGCUAGUUUCUUAGGUACAACUAAUGCAACAGGUUCUGGUUGGUGCUUCAGGGACAAUCAAGGUAGAUUCUUGUUGGCUGGAUCAAAUGUCAUUCUUGGAAGGCUGAACACAAUUGAAGGAGAGGCGGUGGCAAUGAAGGAAGCUAUUAGUGAAGCUAUACAAAGGGGAUUUACUCAUGUGAUUUUUGAAAGUGAUUCACAAAUCCUUAUUGAUGCCAUCUCUUCUAGGCAACAAGGAUACUCUACUUUUAGUCCCUUAAUUUCUAAUAUUCGCUCUUUGUUAUCUUUAGUUCCCAACUUUGAGUUAUUUGAUUAA